AAGGUCAAAGCAAACGAACAAAUAGAAUAACAUCCAAUCGCAAAGCGAGGCGGAGAGUGGAACGAGGCCACACAACGAACGCCGAUCGAUUUGGGAACGAUCUAGCGGGAGGUCGUAGGAGUUUGAGGCUUGAGGUACCUUGAUUUGCCUUCGCCUCGAGGAAUAUCGCAAGGGCAAACAUGGUCGGAAGAAGCGAAAGCAGCGUGAGGAAGUAUUGGCGUCUCGCCGACGAGAUGAACCCGCCGGGGGUUGGAUCCAGGGAUAUGGAGGCGGAGUACAUCCGUAGAUUCCACCGCUACGAUCCCAAGGGAAACCAGUGCAGCUCGUCGGUGCUCAAGCACAUCAAAGCCCCCGUCCAUCUCGUUUGGUCUUUGGUGAGGCGAUUUGAUCAGCCGCAGCGGUACAAGCCGUUUGUGAGCAGAUGCAUGAUGCAAGGGGAUUUUGCAGUGGGAUGCUUGAGAGAAGUUAACAUCAAGUCGGGGCUCCCUGCUACUACCAGCACUGAAAGGCUUGAACAGCUUGAUGACAACGAACGUAUCCUGAGCAUCAAGAUUGUUGGAGGGGACCAUAAGCUACAGAACUACUCAUCUGUAUUAACUGCACACCCUGAGAUUAUUGAUGGGAGACCAUGGACAUUGGUGAUAGAGUCAUUUAUUGUCGAUGUGCCUGAAGGGAACACCAGGGAUGAUACUUGCUUUUUUGUUGAGUCUCUUAUCAAGUGCAACAUCAAAUCAUUAGCUGCGAUAUCAGAGAGUUUGGCUGUUCAAGAUCUGACAGAGACCAUUGACAUCUAGGGAAGUCACAAAGCUACAGGAUUGCAUAGCUUCAAGUCGUCAAGGUUAUUGAUAUACUUCACUAGUCUCUGUUACCCCUAUAUCCUGUGUCUGCUAGAUCCCUUACCCUCUUUACAAAUUGGUAAGCUCAAGGAUCACAUCCAUUCUCAUUGACAUCAGAAGCUUUUGCCACUGUUUUGAGCUUAUCUAGUUGGAUUUCCUGAAUUUGUUACUGGUAAGCUAUGCGGAAGUAUUUCCUUGUACUCCUUGUGAAGGUAGAAAUAUUACUGCAUCUAAGCCAAAGCCGAACAGUGGCAGGAAAACUUAAAGGAUAUUAUCUUUUCCCAUUGGAUUGGAACGUUGGUGUAUUUUUGAGUCUAAUUAUGCUAACAUCCAUUUUGGCGAGGAAAACGGAGAGCGACUGUGUUCCUCUGAUCGACUUAACUGAACAUCUAAUAACAAUUAUUUUCUGUGGCUAUUUGUUAAUUUUGUUUCUCAGUGAAUUGGCAGAUUGAUUGGGCUCUAUUCCAUGGCAUGUCCGUGCCUGUGGUCGUCUAUAGGCCGUAGGAACAAUCAGUGAUUCGAGUGGAUCAGAGUUGAGAUGAUUGGUGUUAGUUGGAUAUCCAAACAGGUUGUCUUGGAUAUUUUAUGCAUUUUGGAUGUUGCAUCUUUUGCAUUCCUUUUUUUCAAACAUUUGAAAAACGUUUGCUUUAUCGUUUGGUGCUGAGACAAAUAUGCAUAUAUCUAAAGUUUAGUUAAUUGAUUCUA